ACCGAUCAAUGGAUAAUGUUGAAACACCAUUGGCCAUCCUACCCGAAAAUCGAUAAUGGUCGUAGGUGAUCGAUUUUCAUUAUUAGGCGGCGCUGGUUCGACAGCUAACAGUUUAAAUAAAAAGCAUUACCAUGGCUAUUGCAGCGGCAGAUAACUUUCAGCUGAAGUGGCAUAGUUACGGGACACAUCUUCAUUCAUCCGUAGCCACUUUGCUGCGGUCAGAAUUAUUUUCCGACGUGUGUUUAGCAACAGUGGACGGACGACAGAUAUCGGCGCAUCGGUUCGUAUUAUCAGCAUGCAGUUCGUAUCUUCAGCAGCUACUCAAAGCUGUGUACCCACCUACAGUCAAUUUCCCCAUUGUAAUUGUUUUACCCUCAGAAAUCCCUUACCGUAUUUUGAAGAUUUUGGUUCAGUAUAUGUACAGCGGAGAGGCAACAGUGAGCUAUGGACAGCUGGAUGGAAUCCUGAGAGCUGCACAUAUUUUAGGUAUAAAGGGACUGUGCCAUGAAAGGACUAAUACAGUAAAUCAGGUGGUACAGGACAGAAAUGGCAAUGUCCAACCCUCAGUACAGAGAUUAUUUCCUCUUCAGAUACAGACUGAGGCAACAGGGAAGUGUCAGAGGAAAACAUCCUCAGGUUCAAGAUUUCAGGAUUCCUCCUCGACUGCUACAACUGACCAGAAUGCAUGUAACGAAAAGGAAACAGCAAGUGUAGAUACAGCUUCAAAUGGAAAAGAGGACAAGAAUCCAGAGAAAAAGCAAGAUGAAGUAACUCCUUGUGCUGUUAGCAGCAAGAGUCCUACCGAAGCAGACCUUCUGACUGACAGUUCUUCUGAGCACCCGCCUAAUAAUUUGCCAUUGAAUCCUGUCCAGUUGAUAGUAAAACAGGAACCUAUAGAGUGGGUAGAUACAGAACUGUCUGAACCAAUGGAAGAAGAAAUAGCAAGUCAUAUGCAUCCAGAAGUGACAGUUAAGUCUGAGGAAGAUGACUUCCAUGAUAGUGAAGGAAGGGCUGUACAUGUACAGGAACCCUCUGCCUUGUAUACACCCCUCACAUGUGAUCUUUGCCAUGAAACAUUUAGUCUUCCAGGUGACUGGGUACGCCAUAUAGAAAAUUUCCAUGAAAAACAUGAUGGUAGACGGAAACGUUAUAAUAGAAGACCUUCACAGGGCAAUGAAGAUGGUCCUGAAUUUCCACCAUUGAAAUGUGAGCUUUGUGAGCAAGUGUUUGACACUCCAGGUGUAUGGGUGCGACACAUCCAGGAGGAGCACACAGAUGAGCAGCUCGCUGCUACCAACAGGUGUGCCACUAAUAUCCGAGGUGGCCACAAAUUCACAGGGGAUCGGAAGCGCUGUCCAGUUUGUGCCAAAACUUUCCCAUCACGUGCAUCAAUGGUAAUCCACAAACGCACCCACACAGGUGAAAAACCUUAUGUGUGUGCUGUGUGCACUAAAGGGUUCAAUGUUAAAAGCAACCUAUUACGGCACCUACGAACAUUGCAUGAUCAAAUUGUCAGUCCAUCUGCUAUGGACUAAAGAAACAUAUCAAAUCAUUUGCUGUGUACUUAUGAGUAAUCUAAGUAGAAUACCAAUGAUUAAAUGACAAAUCUUUAGCAACAUAUCCCUGAAAGGCAAUGACUAUGUAAAAUUUUAUGUAACACCUUCUUGCAGCAUUAUUUGUAUUGUUAUCUCAAAAUACAAAUGUGAAUGGAAAAUAGAAAUGUUUUGCAUGCAAAUCUUUCAUAAGAAAAAUUUAUAACGAGUAGUAGUUAUAGUGCUGUACUGCACUGUUUCUGAAAUGAAAUAAUUGGUCCUAAACACCAUAUCUUGUUAAAAGGUUUCUGAUAUUGAUAAAUUACCAUAAUGCAGAUUCCAAUAUUAUCCAAUGAUUUGGGUUAUAAAAAUAAGUAUUUCUUCCUAUGUAGUGAAAUGUGUUUCCACAUUGAACAUUCCUUUGUAUCAAAGUGUUAUAUUUACAACUGGUAAGUUGCCAUUUACUCAGUCAACAGACAAUGAAUAAAGUUCAGGAUACCUGAAUCCAAGCAAAAACAAAGUUUUACAACAAGAUUUUAACAUGUUCUGACACUCUUACAUUACUGUAAACUUUACACAUUAAUGAAGUUUGUUUAAAUGGUUUGGUCAUUCUGAAUUUGUGUAUGGUCUUUUGUCUAUUUUGAUUUCAGAUUUUUUUUUUAAAUAGUUGCAUACUUUGUGAUUUGUGAAGUACCCUCUAUUGCUUAACUUAUAACACCAGUGAGUAAAUAAUAAAGCAAGUUCAUUCCUUCAA